AGCCAUUUUGGCUCAAGCCAUUGUGCCUCAAGCUUUCCGCAGUGGGGUGCCCCGACAGCGCCCAUGAUCGCAACGCGGGCCUGCCGCGAUCCCUGGGUCAUGGCGCGCUCCUGGCUCCUCUCCAUGUUGGCCGUGCCGAUCGCGGAGGCGACUGUCUCCGCGGGCCGCGGCCCCUACGGCGGGGCCGCGCGCUCGGAGGCGGACGUGGGCCACGAGCAGGAGUGCGAGCACGCGUCCAUCGGCUUCGAGGCCCUGCAGACGGCCUCUGCGCUGUCGAGGCCCCGCCCCAUCCUCUUGCCGGACGCGGGAGGGGCAGAGAACAGCCAGCGGAGCGGCAUUGAGGGCAACCCGCAUGUCCCGGGGCCCAACAUCUAUCUCGCAGACUUCGUGGACGUCGACAAUUACUGGGGCUACUGCCUCGACAUCGCUGGGUCCCCGCCACACCCGCAGUGCGACAGCAUCCAGGGGCACACCUGCAAGUCGGACGGUGCGGACACCCAGUUCCGGUACGACCCCGACACGGAGUCGAUCGUGUCGCAGAAUUUCAACGGUAUAUGCAACCCGAUGUAUGACGGGGAGCGGGACGGAAGGACAUGGCAGGCAGACCUGAACAACACCCGCGGCGGUUGCCUUAGGGUCGCUGGGUCCCUCGAGGCUGGGACUGGGUUUGUCGUAGUGGAGUGCCGGGCGCCCGACUCUCUGCAGAAGUUCAGGUACACCCCGAGCAGGCAGUUCGCCGUGGUGAACACCAGCCUCUGCUUCGUCCUCGGGGUGGAGAGGACCAAGCAGGACGGCUUCUCGUCCCGCACCGCUGAGCUGCAGGACUGCGCGUCGUGGCCGUCUGAGCUGUCAACCUGGGAAGUCAUCACGAGCACCCACGAGAAGUAUUACCCAGAGUAGAGCCCCAGCACGGCAUGGAUUGGCGUCACUUCGGAGCAGCCGAGAGGGGAUCCCUUGCUACUCUAUGAUUUCACGUCUGAACAACCCGGUCUGCUUUUUUUUUUCAUUUCCAACGUGCAAUUAAAGUAGUCUAAAUGGCUCAUUAGUGGCUACCGCGAUUAUAAGCUUUCUUCGAAUGCAUCGAUCAUGACGGGGUUGUCCGUUGGUAGUCCGGCGCGCUUUUGCAAGGGACCCGCUUGCAUUAGAGUUGCCGCAGGAAUACCCGUCAUUCUUGAUGGCAUUUUGCGUCCUUUUCGUCUCGAAGGGUGUUUGGGCUUGUUGGCACCGCAUGCCUGGGCUGUGACAGUCCCUUGCGCCUCUGUUCUCUCGCAGAGGCGCGGUGGGAGCGAGGCCAUGUAAUUGCGACGGCAUCUGGUCCAAUUUUUGUUACACUUCUCUACUUGGGGAAUUUAUGUAUAUAUAUUGUUUUUUUCGUAGUUGAAUUUGUUGGGGUGGGACCGCAGCCAUGGGCUGUGACGGCAUCCUGUUUCGUAGCGCUACGUCUUCUUCCUCUCGCAUUUUCUUUGGGCGCGGCGGGGCCGUGGCCAUGGAGUUGCGACGGCACCCUGUCCAUUGAAUUCUUCAGUGUAGGAAACAA